AGGAGCAUAAGGUUUUCUUGUGUUCGACACACACAAUCACAGAAUUCCCUAAUCUCGUUAGUUUGGCUUAGAAGAUGAAGCUCCUCUUCCUUGUCCUCCUCUCCCUUGUGGCUGCCCUCUGCCAUGCCUCUGACCCAAGCCAGCUACAGGACUUCUGCGUUGCCGAUUUUCAUAGCCCUAUCGUUGUGAAUGGCAAGGUGUGCAAGAACCCAAUGAUGGCAAAGCCCGAAGACUUCUUCUUCAAUGGCCUCGACAAGCCUGGAAACACAUCUAACCCACUGGGUUCCAUGGUGACUGCCGUCAACGUUCAACAAAUCCCUGGACUCAACACUCUAGGCAUCUCCCUGGCUCGCAUCGACUUUGCUCCAAAGGGACUGAACCCACCUCACACCCACCCUCGCGGAACCGAGAUCCUGGUGGUGCUGGAAGGCUGCCUUUAUGUGGGGUUUGUGACCAGCAACCCAGAGAACCGGUUGUUCACAAAGAAGCUGUAUAAGGGAGACGUGUUUGUGUUCCCACAGGGGCUGAUCCACUUCCAGCAGAACGUUGGGGACGGAGAUGCAGUGGCCCUGGCCGCGCUCAGCAGCCAAAACCCCGGUGUCAUCACCAUUGCUAAUGCUGUCUUCGGGGCGAAACCACCCAUCUCAGAUGACCUUCUUGCCAAAGCCUUCCAGGUUGACAAGAAUGUGAUUGACGAGUUGCAGUCUGCAUUCUGGAUGGAUAACAACAACUAGAUUAAUAGUCAAAUACUGUUCUUGUGUAUGAAAUAUAUACUAAAAUUUUUGUACUGCAUGUAUUGCAUCCUGCUUGGCUACUUAUAAAUAAAGCUAUGGCUCUUAUUCUAA